AUGGCCCGUCCCGCUCCUCCGGAGCCCAGCUCAGCGCCAUGGUGGAAUUACUUCUUCCUUUACGAUGGCUCAAAGGUGAAGGAAGAAGGAGAUCCCACAAGUGCUGGCAUUUGCUAUUUUUACCCUCCUCAGACCCUCCCUGACCACCAGGAGCUGCUCUGCGGGCAGAUGGCCGGCGUCGUGCGCUGCGUCACCGAGAUCUCAGGAGCUCCUCCCAGCCUCAUUCGCCUGAGGAAGCUCAAGUUUGCUGUUGUGGUGGAUGGAGACUACCUCUGGGUUCUGGGCUGUGCUGUUGAGCUCCCUGAUGUCAGCUGUAGGCGGAUCCUGGAGCAGCUGAUCAGCCUCUUCACCUUCUACAAUGGACCUGUGCACCAUGCCUACAUGGUGUCUUCUCCAGAGGCCUUGAGCAAGCAGUGGGACAGAUACAUUGAACACAUCCAAAGGAACACCAGUGACCUCCACAAGAUCUUCAGUUCCCUCUGGAAUCUGGACAAAACCAAGGUGGACCCCCUGCUUCUACUGAAAGCAGCUCUGAUCUUGCAGACCUGCCAGCGUUCUCCCCAUGUCUUUGCAGGCUGCAUUCUCUACAGAGGCUUGAUUGUGAGCACCCAGCUGCCACCUUCUCUCACUGCCAAAGUUCUUCUCCAAGGAGAUGAGUCUCCAGGCCAGAGCGAGCCUGGAGGUGAGGAGCAGCAGGAGCCUGAUGCUCCGUGGCCGCAGGGUGUCCGCAUCAUCCCCGUGUUCCCGACACAAGAGGAGGCCUCAGCGCUCCGAGACUUCCCAGUGGAGUGGAUGGCAAGGUCACCCAUGUCCCCAGCAAGCCCUGGAGGAGAGAAGAAAAAGAAGACUCCUCAGGAGGUUUCAGAGUCAGCAGGAGACCUGAGUAAGCUCUCUGUGCAGGAGUGCCCUGAGCAAGCAUCGAGCCCAGCUGCACCAGAAGGUGCUGUGCCAUGGAGCAGCCCUGCAAACACCAGCCCUCUGAGGGGCUUUCCCAAAGUGGGAACCAGCACAAAGACUCCUCCAGCUGCAGAACUGACCAGCCCAGGCAGCAAAAGCUCAGAGCUUGGUGGAAAUUCAUCCUUGCCAUCAGAGAGAGACACAGAGCAGCUGCCAAGCCCUUCCACACUCCAUGCUGCAGGUCCAUAUCUGGCAGGUUUUGUCUUUCCAAACCCUUAUGCCCAGGAGCAGGAGAGUCAGAGAUUGAGACAAUCCCUUGUGGACUCUGAGCAAUGUGGUUUCCAAAGCUCUCCAGCCAGUGGCAGUCCAGCUCUUGGCUCCCUUGCCCAAGAGCUGAGCAGGAGGAGGACAAGUCAGCAAGAUGAGCAAAGGACUCUGAGCCAAAGUGGUGUCCCUGGAGAAAGCAAUGGAGCAGCUGGUGGCAGCGUGCAGGGUUUGGACUGUCCAGCCAGCACUGCACAACCAGAGCUGCAGAGGAGUCAGCAGCCAGCUGCUGAGGUGCAGGAGAGCCUGCCUGGAGACCCAGCAGAGAGCACAGGCUGUCCCAGCAGCACAGAGGGGGACUGGCCACCUCAGGUGGGCAGUCUGGGAGCCCAGGCUGGUGUGGAGGCAGGCAGACCGUGGCAGCCAUUGAAGAUGAGCUUGUAUGUUCACUGCAUUAAGGGGCUGGUGCUCUCCCUCCUGGCUGAAGAUCACCUCCAGGAGGACCAGAGCUGUGUUGAGGAUGUGUACCACAGCAGCCUGGCUUCUCUGAAUGGCCUGGAGGUUCACCUGAGGGAGACACUGCCCAAAGACUCCUCCUCCUCCUCUUCCUCCUCAGCCAGGACAACCUACAGCUUCACCCACUAUGACUCUGUUCAGAAUGUGCUCACAGCCAACCUGCCCCACACAGCUGGUCCCCUGGAGCGACACUUCCUGAGAGCCACCACACUGAUCCACUCGGACUUCAGCCAGCUGCCCACUGCCUCUGAGGUGCUCGUCAGGAAUGCCUCCACAGCCAUCUAUGCCUGCAGGAACCCUGUCCAGGAGACCUACUUCCAGCAGCUGGGUGCCCCACUACGCAACUCAGGUGUCCCCAACCCUCAUGACAGUGCCUUCAGCCUGCCCAGCAAGGCCAAGCAGAAGCUGCUGAAGCAUGGAGUCAACCUGCUUUGA